AUGAUAACACAGCAUGAACAAUUUCGAGACCUCGAACUACCAAGCUUACCUUCAAGUAAGUCGAGAAAAGGAGCCGUCACCGACUCGGGGAUCAUUCACCAAGACCAGCUUACACGGAAAAACUUGAAAUCGGUUCUACAUUUGAUAACCCAGGAGCUUAAGAAAAGGGGCACGAGGACCCCUCAUAUAUUUUUACCGUUUAGAUCAAAGAUUAAAGAUUAUAAAUUGAAUGAGUUAUUACUGCAGCUUGCGCCUGGAGGAGAAAUACUUCAAGAUGCUACAAAAUGCAAACAGAUAUUACUGACCACUGACGAAUUCACUCUUGUUUGUAGUCUCAAAUACUUUUGGGCUAGGUUGCCAAAUAACGAGAUAAUUGGAUUCAAAGUUUACCACGAGUUUAAAACAAAAGAAGCUGAGCAAAAUUAUCCUAAAAAUGCCUUUUUAACAAUCAUGCCCAAAUGCUUGUCCUCCCCAGCACAUGCAUCCAUAGUUUACGACUUUUUAGAUUUGAUCUUGAGCAUUACGUCAAAUGCCCCCUAUAACAAUCUUAGUGGGAGGAAAAUCAGCAAAAUGGCUGGUCUAUGGGCCUUCAAUCCCAAAUAUUCCACCAGCACGUCCAUUUUCUCCGACGACAGCGUUGCAAAAGAGUACGACUUUUCCGAGGGUAUCAAUAACUGGAAAAAGACAACCGAUGCAAUGUUUCACUUGGUGUUGGCGUUUCUCAGGGCAAUGUUGCCAGAAAACAAUGCAGAAACAUUGAGAUUGCCAAAGACGCUACAACGUUUGCUUGUCACAUCUCAGUAUCCGCCAGCAUCGGGGCGCGACGAUUCCAAAAGUAUCACCAUACCUUGUGUAUGCGUCACGACUACAAAACCAUCGGCCACUGCGUAUGACUUGAUUAGCAAGGUACGACAGAGCUUGACUUUUGAAAAAAGGGACAUGUUUUCCAAAGAAAACUAUACUAUAUUGAGAAACGUGUUUGAGAAGAAAAGUACGAGCGAGAUUGUUGAUUCAUUUACUGAAGAGUCUAGACGGAUUAUCGAACGAAUCACUGAGAGCCAAGUUGACAACAGUUUUAAUUUGAGACCAGGCUGGUCUCAUCCCACUAUUAGCUCAAAGCUUUCAAAAAGCGAUGUGCCUUUGAUCUCGCGUAUCAAUAUUAAGGAUGUCUCGAUCCAAGACUACUAUAUUUGGGCUUGGUUGUCGUCCCUUGCGAGUGACCAACCACCACAAGUCAAGCAAACAUUUGGUAGAUCUAUUGUUGUUGAAGUGGAGGUUUUGGGUUUUCAAAAAUGGAUUGUUGUUACAGAAAAGACAAUGGAUGAUGAGACGUAUUCGCGAGAACGCAAACUCUUGCAGAAAGAGACAGUGCGCAGGAAGGAUGAAAACACGCCUUUGCCACCCAUUCCGACUACUUCCCGUUUGAAUGAGAAAAAGCUGUUGCCAUUGCCACCAGUUGAAUUGUCCAAUGGACGGAACACUACUAGCAGAGGUGCCUCACCGGAGCCGGUACUACCUCAAGACCUUGUUGAUGUUUACGAACGAUUUGAGCAGCUGUUUGGGGAGGAUGAUAUUUUUUACCCCAACUCUGUGGAUGCGGGAGAAUUGAUGCGCCAGGAACAGUUGCGUGGCUUAGGUGCCGAGAUAAGCGAUGUAUCAUCGAGGUUUACAAAAGUCACUGUGGGUGAUAUGUAUGCUACUAGUAAGAGUGGUGCUCCAACUCGAAAAGCGCCACCGGAGCCAAUAGAAGAUGGGUUGCCAAUUCAUCGCUUUCCAGAGAAACCUUCUCCGGCUACUGAGAUGCCUGGACUGUUUGAGACUCCAAUGGAGCUCAAGCAUGAGAACUUGGCUCUGAACGAGCUCAACAUUGAUGACGUGGUACACGCAACUACCGCUAUGAAUACCAGACCUGAAUCAAAUGAGACAUUGCCGGUGAAAGAGACACCUUUGAAUGAAUCCCCCACAAACAAAAUCAAGAGCAUGUUGCUCGAACAGGAUGCCGAGGAUAAAAAGAGAAAGAAGAAAGAGAAAAAGCUCAAGAAACAAGUAGAAGCUGUUCAACUCGCAGCGGCCCAAGCUGCUGGAUUUGAUGGCCCCAUUUUGCCACUUGAUUUACCUCCUCCUGAUAUGGGCUCGUGGGACUCGUUGGCACCACCGGAAUUGCAUGACUCAUUGGAUCAACCUCAACCACGGCUAACUCCGCUACUUCCCAAUAAAAACGCGUUUGUGGAUAGUGUUGAGUCCCCCAAUGUGGCUGGUAGGAACAAGCCGUUGCCAACUCCCGUGAGUGAAUUCAAUGGCCGUGACGUAGGAUUGGCAAAUCAAAGAAGUGGAUAUUCGGGAAAAACUAAUGAGGAGACAUACGCAAGUAGGACAAUUGAUGCUCCAUUACCAGAAGAACAUGAUCAAAAUCAAAAUGCUGUUGCAGAAACACCUGUUGCGGAUCCGGCGCCUUCUCGACAAAAGCGCUAUGAUCAUUUUGACACUCUGCAAACUGCACCUAAACAAGAACCAGCUCAAUCAAGACCGAUCCUUCCAAUUUCAAGAGGAAGGGCGCCAUCACCGAUGAUUACUCUAUCCCACGCCAGCCCUCAAAUUGGUGAUGAUGCGUCUCCAAUAGUUCGCUCCAACGGUGAGAUACCUGCUCUUGAGCGUCGUAUAGCCCCCGAUGGCUUAGGUCCGCGUUUCGCAGAGACGAAUCCUGCUUCAAGUUCCGAUAUGGUGCAUGUGGAUAGACCGGGGUUGGUGGAGUAUCAGAAACAUAACUCCCCGGGACCUUCAAUGCACCUGGAACGACUGAGAUCACCAAUGCCACAUAUGCUGAAUUGGGGAGAUAAUGGCCAACAGGUGAGGCAUUACGCUUCUAGUAGAUCGUCUGGGGGCUCCAACCAAGGCCAGCUCCCAUCACCCAGAUUGGUGAGACCUUCGACGCAGCCAAUCCAACAGCCAAUCCAACAGCCAAUCCAACAGCCAAUCCAACAGCCAAGCCAACAGCCAAUCCAACAGUAUUUUCAUCCGCAACAUAUCCAACAACAACAAAUGUACCCUCAAAUAUACCCCCAGAUGUCUCCACAGGUCCCUCAAGCUCCAUAUUCACAGGCAGUGUAUCUGAUGUAUCCUCCCAAUGUGCACCAGGCGGAGUUUCUGGCAGUCCCACAUCAGCGUCACAUGCAGAUGGCUCCUUCUUGGCGUCAGCCUCCUCCGCCGCAAGCAAUACCUGGCGGAUCUAACCAUCAUCAUGUGGCCAGCAACAUGUCCCCACCAGCUUCGAUGAACAUUGUUCCAGUUGGGGUCAAACACAACAAGAACCGUGCCGCUAACAAAGCCAAUUUACGGCACGCAUUGAUUGAUGGAAAUUACGGAAUAUAG